AUAAAAUGCAACUCCUCCACUGAAUCAAUUAAGCAAAGGAAUUCAUCAAAUUACUUACAAUUUUUCACAUAUAUUGAUGGGCAAUUUCAUUUCUUGUUGCUCUGUCGAAUCGCAAACAGCGAAAAUUAUUGAUCUCCAUGGAAAUAUUCGGAUUGUUGAGAUCCCUUCAACAGCUGCAGAUCUAAUGCUUGAAGAACCAGGUCACGUUGUUUCGCCUGCCGUUGAGAUUUCCGGAUCGGAUUCCCGGUUUUCGGCGAUGAAAGCCGAUGAAGAAUUAACUGCCGGAGAAGUUUAUAUAUGGAUUCCUGUACGUAGAGUUCAUAGUAAGGUCUCCGAAUCGGAGAUGGCAGUGAUCAAGGCUUCCGCCGGUGAUGGUAAAGCAAAACGAUGCAGUUCCAAGGUUCUGCCGGUGGUGACUGAAAGUUCCGAUGAGGAAAUUGAUACUCCGGUGAAAUUGAUUCUCAACCAACGGCUAAGACCAUGGAAACCUGCUCUAGAACCAAUUUCAGAGGGCAUUUGAGGGGUUUCUUAAAUUUUUGUAUGGGUUUCGAAUUAUUAUAUAUUUUUAAUUCCACACAAAAGGAGAUUCGAGACCUAUUCAAGCUUUGUCAUGUAAAUUUCUCAUUUGGCAAGUUUGUGGAUAUUUUGUUUAAAAAAUUUAUUAUACAAAAAUUAUUAUAGUAUUUGAACGGUUCCUCUUC